GGGACCCGCCUGGAGGGAGAACAGCGACUCCAGAACACCCUGGAAAUAGCUCCCAGGAAAGCAAGCAGCCAGCCAGGCAGGUUCUGUCCCUCUCACACACCGGCCCAAGGUUCCACAUCUCCCUCCGGAAAGGACACCAUGAGCACAGAAAGCAUGAUCCGCGACGUGGAACUGGCGGAGGAGGCACUCCCCAAAAAGGCGUGGGGCCCCCAGAACUCCAGUCGCUGCCUGUGCCUCAGCCUCUUCUCCUUCCUGCUUGUGGCAGGGGCCACCACGCUCUUCUGUCUGCUGAACUUCGGAGUGAUCGGCCCCCAAAGGGAAGAGAAGUUCCCAAACAACCUGCCUAUCAUCGGCUCCAUGGCUCAGACCCUCACCCUCAGGUCAUCUUCUCAAAAUUCGAGUGACAAACCUGUAGCCCACGUUGUAGCAAACCACCAAGUGGAGGAACAGCUGGAAUGGCUGAGCCAGCGUGCCAAUGCCCUCCUGGCCAACGGCAUGGAUCUCAAAGACAACCAGCUGGUGAUCCCCGCAGAUGGCCUGUACCUCGUCUACUCCCAGGUUCUCUUCAAGGGCCAAGGCUGCUCCAGCUACGUGCUCCUCACCCAUACCGUCAGCCGCAUUGCUGUCUCCUACGAGGACAAAGUCAACCUCCUGUCUGCCAUCAAGAGCCCCUGCCCCAAGGAAAGCCCCGAGGGGGCUGAGCUCAAGCCCUGGUACGAGCCCAUCUACCUGGGAGGGGUCUUCCAGCUGGAGAAGGGCGACCGACUCAGUGCUGAGGUCAACCUGCCCAAAUACUUAGACUUUGCAGAGUCCGGGCAGGUCUACUUUGGUGUCAUAGCUCUGUGAGGCAGAGGGAUGUCCAUCUAUCCUCUACCCCGCCCCCACUUCGAUCCCCAAAGCCCUCGUCCAUCUUCCUCUACCUUAGAAAGGGAAUUAUGCUCAGGGUCAGACUCUGAGCUCGGAAUCUUCAACAACUCUAACACUCAGAAACACAAGCUCCUGGGAUAGCAGCCUAGAUUGUGGGGUUCCAGAAUCCACUGGAGCCUCAAAUGUUGAUUCCUGAGUUCCGCCAAGGGGGCUCAGGCUGCCUCUGGCUCAGAAUGCUGCCGGAGAAGAUCUCAGGCCUUCCUGUCUUCGGACGCUCCCCGACCCUUCAGUGCCCAGCCUUCCUCACAGAGCCAGCCCCUCUAUUUAUGAUCGCACUUAUGAUUAUUUAUUUAUUAUUUAUUAUUUAUUUAUUUGCUGUUGUGUGUAUUUAUUUGGGAGGCCAGGGUGUUCUGGAGGACCCAGCACUGGGAGCUAUCUUAAGAUAGACUUGUUUUCUGUGAAAACAGAGCUGAACUCGUCAGCCACUCCCACCUGGCCUCCUGGCCUCAUUGCCUCUUUUUUUGCUUAUGUUUAAAACAAAGUAUUUAUCUAACCCAAGUGUCUU